AUGUCGGACCAGUCUGCGUUUGACACCGACGUGUGGACCCUGACCCGCUUCGUGAUCGAGACCGGGCGUCAGGCGAAGGGGGCCACGGGGGAACUCACCCAGCUCAUCAACGCCAUGCUGACCGCCAUCAAGGCCAUCUCCUCAGCCGUGCGUAAGGCCGGCCUGGCUCACCUACAGGGGCUGGCCGGCUCGGUGAACGUGACCGGAGAUGAUGUGAAGAAGCUGGACAUUCUGUCUAACGACCUGGUGAUCAACAUGCUGCGUGCCUCCUACAGCACCUGCUGCAUGGUGUCGGAGGAGAACAAGGAGCUCAUCGUGACGCCCAAAGACAAGAGGGGGAAGUACGUGGUGUGCUUCGACCCUCUGGACGGCUCCAGUAACAUCGACUGCUUGGCUUCAAUCGGAACCAUCUUUGCCAUCUACAAACGGGUGACGGAGGCCGAGCCCACGGAGGAGGACGCGCUGCAGCCGGGGAGGAACAUCGUGUGCGCGGGUUACGCUCUGUACGGCAGCGCGACCCUGGUGGCCCUCAGCACCGGAGCCGGACUCAACUUCUUCAUGCUGGAUCCUGCCGUCGGUGAAUUCAUCUUGACCGAGAGGAACGUGAGGAUGAAGCCCAAAGGAAAAGUCUACAGCCUGAACGAGGGCUACGCCAAAUACUUCCACCCGUCUAUCAACGAGUACCUGAAGCACAAGAAAUACCCAGAGGACGGCAGCUCUCCGUACGGGGCGCGGUACGUGGGCUCCAUGGUCUCGGACGUCCACCGCACCAUCGCCUACGGGGGAAUCUUCAUGUAUCCUGCCAACGAGAAGAGUCCGAAGGGAAAGCUCCGGCUUCUGUACGAGUGCAACCCCAUCGCCUUCCUGAUCGAGCAGGCGGGCGGCCUGGCCACCACCGGCUCCCAGCGGGUCCUGGACGUCCAGCCCGAGACCCUGCACCAGAGAGUGCCCUUUGUGGUGGGCUCAACAGACGACGUCAACGAGUACCUGUCGUUUGUCCAAAAGUACCCGUAG